GCCCAGCAAAUAUGCGUAAUGAAGUAGAGAUAAGGUGGCAAACGAAGCCGUAGCAAAGGUUUGUGAAACGACAGCCAUGGCCACUUCAUCGCUCAUCUCAUCAUCGCUUCUGCCAACAGAACUUCCAAAAAUUCAUCGCCGAAAUCACCAACUUUCGCUUUUCAUCAAUCAUAACAGGGUUGAGAUCACCUUCAAGAAGCGACCCUCCUUCACGGUCCGAGCUGCAAAGCCUCCUGCUGGGGUGGAAUUGCCGAAAGUGCAGCCAAAAUUCCAAGCCCCUUUUCUUGGAUUUACCAGGACUGCAGAGAUAUGGAAUUCUAGAGCCUGUAUGAUUGGCCUUAUUGGAACUUUCAUUGUAGAAUUGAUAUUGAACAAAGGAAUUCUUCAGGUUAUUGGGGUCGAAGUUGGAAAAGGUCUUAACCUCCCUCUAUGAAGCUCUAAUCCGGGUAUAUAUACGUGAAUGCAACUUACGUUAUAGAAUUGCGAUCCAAUUUUAUAACUUUCAUGUAAUUUUUCAUUUUUUUUCAAAUUGUACCACUAUGCAAUGGUGUACACAUCCAGUAAUUGUGAUCUAUACAAAAUGUCCUGCAGCGGUUUUCGUUUUUCAA